AUGGCUACCCUCGGUCUCGGCCCGAGCAUGUUUGCGCUCCGAAGGCAGCUUCUCGCCUCCCCGUGCCGAGCAGCGACCUCUCGACUCUGCGAUGCGACCCGAUCGAGACUGCUCAGCAGCACCGCCUUUCGAUUCCACGCUGCUGCUGUGAAACUAGCACCCAGGGCGAUUAAGCCGUCCGCGGCAGCGGCGCCCAAAGCGAGACCACCGCAGCCUCCCGCGCGUGGCGGGCCCGCGCCCUCGCGAUAUGCUUUCAUCAAGAGCCUGGGCUCCAAAGCGACGCCCACGAUACUGUACGAAGCGCCUUCGCACUUCUGGUUCUACUUUGGCUGCUGGUCGAGUGGUAUCACGAUUCUGGCAUGGACAGCCUUGACUGGGCCCACGGUUGUGCACCAGCCGGAAGGAAUCCCGGCUUGGGUGGGCUACGUCUUUGGCGCGGCCUACGUGCUGCUGGGCUCCAUGGCCUUUUACCUCAUCUCCAAGACGCCAAACGUCGUCCGGUCGAUUCGCCUGCUACCAGCUGUGGCGUCACCAGCGCAGGCCGUCGCUCCCGGCGCUGCUGCGGCCGUCCAAGCUGCUAAACCUGUGACCAGCGCCGGCGCAGCAGUGGCAACCGCGGCGGCCAUGCCGCAGCUCGAAGUCACAGUCAACCGCAUGAUCCCGAUCCUCAGCCCCAAAGUCAUCGUCACGAGCCUAGACAACGUGGCCCUCAAGUCGCGCUUCUCGCUGCCAGACGAGUACGUGCCGGAGCUGAAGCGCCUGGAGCAGCAGCGCGCGGCCGAGGAGGCUCGCGCCAAGCAACGCAAGUUCGACAUGCAGAAUCUUCUGACGAUGCCAUUCCGACACAUUUCCCGUGCCUUUUCUGGUUUCUUUCGGGGUGUGCGCGCGGCAUGGACGGACAUGGGGUUCGCCUCGAUCAAGGUGGGCGACAAGGAGUUCAAGGUCGAUGUGACCAAGGGUUUUGCGCACGAUGGUUUCAAGACGUUGGAGCGUCUUGUAUCUGUCGGCUACAAUAGUGGUUGA